AUGGCCACUCCCCUCCGUCUAUCAACUUGGAUCGUCGACAUAUCUGGCUGGGAGCCUGAUCCAAUCGAAUGGGACACUAUCUUGGACUUAUUUUCUGCGGAAAUCCAAGCCAAAAUCCGUUCUUAUCAUCAUCUAAUUGAUGCUAAACGAUCACUGGUUGGAAAAUUAUUAGUGCAUAGGAUCGUGUGUUCGACUUAUUCAAUCCCAUGGGGUCGAAUCAAGUUCAAGACGAAUUCAGAGGGCAAGCCGUACUUGGCCACAGAACUCCCACCAGGCUGUCGGUUCAAUUUCAAUAUCUCCCAUGAUGGGUCGAUGGUAGUGUGUUGUCAUACUCAAGAAACAUUGACUCAGUCGACCAAGAGGGAUCUCCCACAAGCAAAUCGACUGUCGGGUGGCACUGGCAAUGGUGAUGAUGAUACUCAUCCUCAAAGCCCUCAGAUAGGAGUAGAUGUGAUGGAAUACAAGCUACCAAGAAGCGAGAAGACUCUGGACGACUUUGGCUUGUUAUUAGAGGAACAUCUCAGUCCAAGAGAGAAAGAGUUGAUCGACCAAAGAAGAAGAACCGACUUCAACAAUCCGGGAAAUCUUUUGGACGGCUUACUUCAAAUCUGGACCUUCAAAGAAUCGAUCAUCAAGGCCUUGGGGAUUGGAUUGAGCAUGGAACUCGGCUCGAUAAGUCUUAGCAAUUUGAUCAGCCAUCCGGAAGUCAAUUGGGAUCCUAUCGAGACCGGCAGCCCUGCUACUACGAGGCAGGAGGACUUCAUCUUACCCGAUAGAUCGUCUCAACUAGUUGUUUCAAUUAAUGGCCAAGAAGAUCGGAGCUGGAAGCUUUGGAAUGCCGUUUGGGCCAGGCCAGACUCGAUCGGGGUGGAGUGCAAAUACAUCCUAUCGGCGGCUCUCAAGUCAUUUUGUCCUCAAAACCUCUCCUCUGAGACUUCAUUGCUUCACCCGGUAGUGUUCAAGACCGUCUCAGAUCUUCUACCGUCUCAUUGA